AUGCCAAGUAUGUUAAUCAAAAUGAAUUCCUUCCUAAGCGUGAUUUUGUCGAUCGGGUGUCUGACAGUUGCUGCUCAAAAUGAAGGUGAUCUUGUAUAUUCAGAGGAAGACUGUAUGACGCCGAAUAUGGAACAAGGAUUGUGCGUAAAAGUGCAAGACUGCGAACCAAUGGUCAAAGUUCUCAGAAGUUUAAAAUAUCCUGUAGCACAAAAUCUUAAGGAUGAAUUGAAUAAGUACGUUUGCAGUUCGAAUCCUGUCAUUCACGUUUGUUGCACCGGCAAUCCCAUAGUAAUCCAAUCCAGGAGUUCUAAUUACGUACAAAAACUGGAACCGCCUGACGUCUCCUUUCACAGGAAUUUGGGAUUGUUGCCAGAGAAUUGUGGGGAACCCAACUUACUCAAUAACAAGAUAUUGGGCGGAAUCGAUACUAAAUUGAAUGAAUUUCCUUGGAUGGUUCUUCUCGGAUAUAGAUCGGUCGAUGGUCCAAAGUAUAGAUGUGAUGGUACCAUAAUUAACGAAAGGUAUAUCUUAACGGCCGCGCAUUGCGUAAAAACUAAUCAGGGUCCCCCUAAUACAGUCAGACUGGGAGAGUACAAUUUGUCGACUCGAAAGGACUGCGCAACGUUGGAAAACGGCACAGUAAAAUGUAGUCUUGGAGUUCAGAAUGUGGCCAUAGAACAGAUAAUUGCACACCCGGAUUUUGAUGAUUAUUCUCUAAUUAAUGACAUUGCUCUAAUUAGAAUGCCGAAGAUGAACAUAAGCAUAGAAAACGUACAACCCAUAUGUUUACCAUUAGGUGAUCUCAGAAACGCGAUGUCCGACAAUUACAUAGCGGUAGGAUGGGGACUUACGAAUAAUGAAACAAGUCCCAAUAUUGUGCAAAAGGUCAGCGUGAGAAUGGUAGACCUAGAAACAUGCAAACGUCACUAUAGUUACCAAGUGAAAAUUACCGAAAAGCAAUUAUGCGCCGGGGGAAAUAAAGAAAAUGUCUGUUCAGGAGAUAGUGGGGGGCCAAUUCAAUAUGAAUCAACAAUCGACGGAACAACAAAGUACAUUCAACAGGGUGUAAUAUCGUUUGGCACAAACCAAUGCGGCUUUGGGAACAAACCUAGUGUUCACAGCAAUGUAGCUUAUUACAUGAAUUGGAUUUUAGAUACGUUGAAACCAUAA